AUGACGACACCGAUAUUUUAUGAUGACGACAACGCCACCUGGUGGAUGCAGGCGUCGACGAUGCAGCCGGACCACGUGGCGGCGGCGGCGGCGGCGGUGCCGACGUUGAUGAUAUUCGUGCUCGCACUGCAAGGCGUCUGCAUCGUCUGCACGAAUCUUCCCGUACUCGCCGUGCUCGUCGCUUCCAGCGAGCUACGUGGCACCACCUACGUCUUCAUCACCAACCUGACGCUAGCCGAUUGCCUGGUCGGCGUCGCCGCGCUGCUGCAGGCUAUCGUCUACGCGCGCGGGCUCAGCAACUCAGGCUACUGGUGCCUGCUGUGUGAGAGCCUAGCCGUCGUCGCCUGUGGCGCUUCGAUCGUCAGCUUCUUCUUCGUGACGCUGGAGCGUUACGUGACGGUGUUCAACCCGCUGCGUCACGACGCUAUUGUGACGCGGCGGCGGAUGAUAGCCGCUGUUGUGUACACGUGGGCGUCUAGCGGCGGUCUCAUGAUCGCCGCCGCCAUCUUGCUGUACGUCGACGCACCGCGGCGCCACUGUCUGACGCUGCACGGCGGCUUCGGCAGCUUCUGGAUGGCGAGAGAGAGUCUGCGACACCUGCGCAACAUGGCCGCCGAGCACUUGUCCCUGCGCGUCUCCGUAACCAUGGCGUCGGCGGUGGCGCCCGCGCAAGCGGCGCGCAAGCGAGAGAAAGUGAAGCAGACGCUGCGGUUGUUAAAGACGCUGGCGUUGGUAAUCGGACUAUUCUGCAUCUGUUGGUUGCCCCUCAACGUAGUAGUGAUUACGUUUCAGCUCUGUCCGCGACAUAUCUGCGCCGCAUUGCAACCGGAUAGCAUGAUAAUACUGUACAGCGCCGCGAUGGGCUAUCUCAAUUCGUUCCUGAACGUCUUCGUGUAUGCAUUUCGCAUGCGGGUGAUUAUUAGCGAGUUGAGAAAGAUGUUGAGAGUUCCCUGUGCCAACAGAGAUAUUGUUCGCCCAGCAGCCUAG